GGCGUAUUGCCUCACAGCCGGAGAUGGUCCACGGAGAGUGUCCGUGUUGAUACAAAGACGGAUGUGUUCCCCCUCCUCCUCCUCCUCCCUCCUCCUCCUCACCCCCCCAUGUCAGUCACACAAUCACAAGCGGUCAAGAGUUUAGCAUUCUACAUCCCACAUAUUCCUUCGUGUGCCCGGGGGUCGUUUCCCGUCCGACUCUCUUUUUUUGUUUUCCCCUUUCUGGAGUCCAUGGCUACACACACCACAUUCGUUUAAGAAACAAACCAAAGUCGAAACAUACAGUCACUCGCCAGAAAAGAUGUUGAUCCCCCUCUCCUCGAGAUCCGACGACAAGACCGUCUCCUCCUCUUCGUCCUCCUCUUCAUCUUCCUCGUCUUCCGCCCCGGCCGACCCCGUAGCCGCCGACUUCACUGCCCCGGCCCCCGGCGCCCCGAGCACUCAGACCCUCAUCAUCAUCUCCACCGUCCUCGGCGCCGCCCUCCUCCUCGCCGUCGCCCUCGCCGCCUACUUCGUCGUCACCCGCCGCCGCCGUCGCAGGAAACAGCAAUCCGCCGAGGACUUCAAGAACGCCUGCCUGCGCGACCCGGACCUCACCUGGGAUGAGUACGCCCGCCGCACGAAGCUGACCCGCUCGCGCAUCCUGCUGGCCGAGGAGGAGUUGCGGGACACCAUCAUCCGCAAGUCGCUGCAGGACAGGGCCUCCUCCGUGACCAUGGACCCCGUCGUCGUCGUCGUCGCCGCCGCCGCCCCGGACAGUCCCGGCAGCCCCGACGCCGCACCCGUCUCGCCGCCCCCCCGCACCCGCACCAGGACCUGGCACGGCCGCAACAGGUCCAAGACGAGCAUCGACGCGGAGGAGGGCGAGGGUCUGCUGAUGGCCCUCCGCGGCGGCGACUGGACCGAGCACGAGGCCCGCGUCGAGAGGACGUGGCAGCUGCUCCACAAGAAGUACCCGACGCGCCGCGUCACGCUGCCCGUCGAGGAGGAGGAGGCGGGGGUUGGAGGGGUGAGAGAGUCGGGAGGGGGUCUCGUCCGCCCGCCGACGAUACGCCUGAAGACGCCGCCGCUGCUCUCGCAUCCCAUGUUCAGGGGAUGGAGGCCCGAGAACACUACGGUGAGGCACACGAGUCUGCCGACGGAGCUGGUCAACAUCAAGCCCGCGCAGAUCUGAC